AUGGCUUCCAGUUCAUCCAGCAACUUGAAUCUUCAUACACGUAAAGCAAAUAUUAGGAUUGAAAGGGUAGAGUCUACGGAGACUUGUGCACAUCCUAGUGUCGAAAGAGGAGCGUGUAUGGUUUGUAAGAGUCGAGUAUUCAUGUACAUUGACAAGGAUUUGUGGCUUAGCCCUGAUGAAAUUGAUGGGAUACGGAAGGUAGAGUCAGAGAGACUGUUAAACGAUAGAAAGCUCGUUUUAGUUCUUGAUUUGGAUAAUACUUUGCUUCAUACAACAGGAGAACGCAAACAUCUCAAAACCCGUCAAGAACUUUUGCAACAUAAUAUCAAAGAGGAUGGCCUAAUCCCUCUGAAACAUUACGGGAUGAUGCUCAAGUUGAGGCCUUUCGUCCACACUUUUCUUAAAGAAGCAAGUACCAUGUUUGAGAUAAUUAUUGCACGUGAAGAUUUACUUGCCCCAGAUGAAAAGAGUCUUCUACUGGUGAUGAGACACCAACGCAUGGUUCUUGUUCUUGAUGAUACCGAGUGUGUGUGGAGAAAUCAUCGACAUAACUUGAUUCUUGUUAAGAGAUAUGAUUACUUUGAUGCAAGACAUGACCUUGUAUCUCUUUCUGCAAUGAACAAUGAUGAAGGUGAGACCACCGGCGUGCUCGCGACCAUUCUCAAGAAACUCAAACUAAUCCACAGACUGUUUUUCAACCCAAAAUUCAAGGGUAGUCUUGCGUAUAGAGAUGUUACAAUGAUACUUGAUCGCCUUCAGGUACUCCAAGGAUGUAAAUUAACCUUUGAAGGUAUUUUUCCUUCCGGUUUCAAGCCCCAAAAUUCGCGUCUUUGGAUGAUGGCAGAGGAGUUAGGAGCCAUUUGUUCUACGAGUGUUUUCACCUCCUGGACACGUGAUCACUUUGGAAGCCACAGAGGAGGAGUCUCAAGAGGUGGAGCUGGACAGAAUGAUUUUGGUUCAUCCAGCUUGGUUACAUUAUUGCUACGAGAAAGUCAGAAGGUAUCCUGA